GAGAUUCCGACGAUCCGCGUGUACCAUUUUGUCCUGGGCCCGUGCGCGCGCGGUGCCAGCAAGCACCGCGUCCUUUCUCCAGUUUCCGCGCGCUUCGUUUCCCUUCCCGCCAUGGUUUCCCUCCACUGCUCACCUCUUCCCCGCCCUCAUUAAAAUCUCCACUCGCCCCCACCAAUCUCCCCCAAGCAAUCCCACAGCUUCGUCGCCGCUCGCGCCGCCCCUUCCCAUCGCCUUCGCCUCCUCCGUCCGGCCAUGGACCGCCGCCUCCGCGCCACCCCGCGCGCCGCCGAGUGCAGCACCCACCACCAGUUCCUUCGCCCCGGCGCGCUCGCGCGGCUCCGGGACUCCAGGAUCGUGGCCCGCUCGCUCUGGUCGUCGGCGUGCCUCCUGCUCCCGCGGCCCGCCCCUCCGUCCCCCGCGCCGCGUGCCGCCGUCGCCGCGGCGGAGCAGGCCGGCGCGCCGCGCUUCCUGGGGACGGCCGGCUCGGGGAGGUACCCGCUCCGGAGGAGGGUCGCCGCGGCCAGGGGCGUGGCGUUCUUGCCGCCGCCAUCGCCGUAGCCGGGCACGGAGGCGUCGUUGGGCGCGCUCGCGCCGUCGCCGGAUCCCGCCGCCUGGCGCUGGGAUUAGUUCAGAACGUGUGCCUAGAGCUCUAGAUUUGUGCUUAGUUCAGUAUGAUCUGUGCAGAUGAUUCGCAGUUUCUAUGCUUACUUUUAGUUUCGACUUGAGGAGCAAUAAUUACUUCAGAUUUUUCUUGUUCCGAUACAAUUUUGGACGGUAGAGUAGAGCCAAGUACUCUUCACCUUGUUUGCAAGCUGCAAUGCAGAUGCAGAUGCUAAUUGCUCUGCUAUCCUGCAGAACAACCGAGUCCAACUAAAUUGUGACUGCUUCGAAGCAGAACAGGAUGCACAGCUUGUAGCUUGUCCUGUGCAUGUUCUUGAUCUGAUUGGAAACCAAACCUGAUGGCGAUGGCAAAAACUGCACGAAUUGAGCAUUGGGAUGUUAGGAUUCUGCGCCUAGUCAGGCGAUGAAGCGGGCGCCUAUCCGUCAGUAUUACCAAUAUGAUUGGCGUUGGCCAUUGCCAUAGGCCAUAGUCACAGCCCUGCCGCUUGAUUGAGCAACUGCACACGUAUUGUCCCCUUGGUCUAAGCUGAUCAUAUAUGCACAUAUCAAGUAAUUGCAUAUGCGUACGCACCAAUGCACCACGAUCCCAACAAUCUUUCUGUAACGAUCGAGUGAUCGACGAUUGUCUCGCA